AUGACAGGAAACGCUCUCGGCUUCAACUGUCUCUUCAACACGGCCUUGCUCUUUGUACCAGCCACGCGAAACAGCGAUGGGAGAUGGAAGCAAAUGGCGUUGCCCUGCUGGGAUUGCUCGCUACGUGAACGUAUGGGACGGAAGAUUUGGAUCAACGUAUUCGGGGAAAUGGCUCUUUUGUGCUUUUUAGUGAUCGGAGGUACGUCUAUUCCGUGGAUCCGACGCAGAAUGUACCAAUUGUUCUACAAUGUGCACCAGCUUCUCUUCCUGGCAAUAUUUUUUACUUGUCUGCAUUGGGCGCGAGCGGUGUGGUUCCUUCUGCCUUCGGUCGUUGUGUACUUCAUUAGCAGAGUUCUGUCGCACUGUAAUGGCACUACACCUGUGGAGGUUCUGGAGCUUACAGCGUUAUCCCCGUCCUUAUGCAAGCUGGUGAUAGCUUGUAUGUCAAGCGAGAGGGGACAAUAUCAAGUUGGGCAGUUCGUCUACUUGAAUAUUCCGGCUAUCUCACGCAUAGAGUGGCACGCAUUCACCGUCGCUUCGUCACCGAAAAGUUCUCCGAAUUCCAUGACAAUAUUGGUCAAAGCGUUGGGUGAUUGGACGGAGAAGCUCAUGACUUACCAACAAAUGUGCACGAGGUGUUCAAUCCAGCCGGAGGUCUAUGUGGAUGGCUACUUUGGCGUCUCUCUGGCUGAAACGUACCAAGCGUACAACACCGUUAUUUUGGUUGGCGGCGGCGUUGGUAUCACCCCGUUGCUUGGUAUACUGGAAGAAGUUUGUGCUACCCACACGGACAUCAUAUAUCGGUAA